GAGAUAGAUGCUUUGGUGAAGAAGUUCAACAUGGCCGACAACGGGGAUUGGUGUUUGAUAGAAAGUGACCCCGGUGUUUUUACAGAACUGAUCCGAGGAUUUGGUUGUACAGGUUUGCAAGUUGAAGAAUUAUAUUCCUUGGAUGAAAGUUCCUUUGAAAGCCUAAGACCUGUUCAUGGUUUAAUAUUUCUCUUUAAAUGGAAGGCGGGUGAUGAACCAUCAGGACCUAUAGUGCAAGAUAGUAGACUUGACAAAAUAUUCUUUGCAAAGCAGGUUAUCAACAAUGCUUGUGCAACUCAGGCCAUUUUAAGUAUAAUCCUGAACACUAAUCAUGAUGAUGUCAAUCUGGGGCCAACUCUCACAGAAUUCAAAGAUUUCUCUGCAUCAUUUGAUGCAAAUCUAAAAGGUCUAACAUUGACUAACAGCAAUUCAAUAAGACAAGUUCACAACAGCUUUGCAAGACAACAGGUGUUUGAGAUUGAUGGCCCAGCAAAAAAAGAUGAAGAUGUGUUCCACUUUAUUGCCUAUGUCCCAAUGAACAAAAGACUUUAUGAGUUAGAUGGUCUUCGUGAAGGACCUAUUGAUUUGGGGCCAUGCACGGAUGAAACAUGGCUCAAUGAUGUAAAACCUGUCAUAGAGAGGAGAAUACAAAAGUAUUCAUCAGAAGAAAUCCACUUCAAUUUAAUGGCAGUUGUGUCGGACAGAAAACAAAACUAUUUAAAAGAAAUUGAAUCUCUAAACAUUCAAAAGCGAACACUUCUUGAUCAGGGAUCAGAUGCAAUGGAGACUGAAAAUGCAGCAAAUCUUCAGACAAUUGAGGCAAACAUUGUGAAAUACCAAGGUCUUGUUGCUGCUGAAGAUGAUAAGAUGCUACGUUAUAAAGUAGAGAACAUUCGAAGAAAACAUAACUAUUUACCAUUAAUUGUUGAAAUAUUGAAGAUUCUUGGUCAGGAAGGAAAGUUGGUUGAAUUGGUUGAAAAGGCACAACAGAUGAGACCAAAAAAACUGGUUCAAGAGGCGCUUUAAACAUAAUUAUAACAAUGGAAAACUAUUUCUUUGUUUGUGCAUAAUAAAUGUACCAUUUCAAAAUUUCAAAGUAUUAAUGUCAUAUGGCAAUGAUCUUAUGAAAUAUGAUACAAUUGAUGGUUUACAAAACAAUGUUUUGAUUGCAUAUCAA